AUGGGUGCUUUUCGGUCUGUAUAUAAAGGAAUUUCUGAAGACGAUGGUACAGUUUUUGCUGUUAAGGUACUGGACCUUUCACACCAUGCAGCUUCCAGGAGUUUUUUAGCUGAGUGUGAGAUUCUGAAGAACAUAAGACAUCGUAAUGUUGUAAAGGUGUUAAGUGCAUGCUCAAGUAUUGAUUAUGAAGGUAAUGAAUUCAAAGCUAUAGUUUACGAAUACAUGGAUAAGGGGAGUCUGGAGGAGUGGUUGCAUUUCACUCCUGAUCAGGAGUCACAUGAGCACAAAAAGCUAGGAUUUCUUCAAAGAUUAAAAACAUUGCCAUUGAUGUUGCCUGUGCUCUGGAUUAUCUUCAUAAUGAUUGCCAACCCCCAAUAA